AUGGCAGCUUCAAUCACCGACGUAGAGGUAGAGACAAUGGGCCAGAAGGCCAUCGCGGCCAAAGACCGCGCUUACUGUGUCUACUCUAAGUUCCGCGUUGGUGCAUGCCUGUUGACCGAGAGCGGCGAGUACAUUACCGGCGUCAACGUCGAGAAUGUCAGCUAUCCGGUUGGCGUAUGCGCUGAGCGCUGCGCCAUGGGAACGGCUGUGGCGGCUGGCCAUACCAGGUUCAAGGCUAUUGCUGUAGCUACGGAUAUAAAUCCGGGAGCAUCGCCAUGUGGCAUGUGUCGGCAGUUUAUGCGUCAAUUCUGUGCAUUGGACUUCCCGAUCUAUAUGUAUGGAGGGGACGGGAAGUAUACACUGACGACCAUGGGAGAGUUGCUUCCAUCAUCUUUCAGUCCUGCCGAUCUACCACCUCCCAGCUAA